AAAAAGACAGGGCCCCCAGCCAUCCCGACGGCCCAACAGCAAAUACCUUGCGCGGUGGCGCCGCCGCCCGCCGGCUCCUCCGCCGUCCGUCGGCCGUCGCCAGCCGGCCGCUUGACCAGCGUCACCAUGGCCGUGCCGUGGCCCUGUCGCGUCUCCAUCUCCGUCGACGCGGAUCGCCCCGCCGCCCCGGAGCCUCGGUCGAGGUCCGGGCGCUCACGGCGCACCCCCUGCUCACAGCUGUUGCUGCAGAAACCGCACGCCGUGAGGAGGGAGUAGGGCGUGUGGCUGCAUCAGCGCAUCCCCCUCUCUUUUCGAAAUGGUGGGAUCUAUGGACAUGGUACCAGGAUUAUCCUGUGCAUCCUCGAAAAGGGUUGCUUCCAAUGUCUAUCGGAUAUGUGAAGCUUUGAGUGAACAUUCUUAUGCAAUUCAGUAUAUCCUUGCGUGUGAAUUGAAGCUUCGGAACUGAGGUUCGUCCCUCUCCUCAUCUCUCAGUUUACAAUUGGAAGGUCAUUCCGGUUGGACUGUAGGUGUUGAAAUCUUCCAUUUUGUACUUCUGUACGUUAGAGUUUUCUGCGUGUGAAUUGUGUUUCGCAAAAAAAGGGGCAGAAGUUUACCCUUUUUUUUCGUAUGUUUCAAACUCAAUGUCGAAAGUUAUUGCCAAAUUAUUACUUUGAAAUUCUGCAAACCUUGAUGUUAUUUACUGUAUGAAGUUUGAACUGCCUGCCCUCUGAUCUUGUAUCAACUGUCUCAAACAAGAGACAACAUAGGUCAGCGUAAUGGUAUUUUAUCAUCAAUCUUGCUCACAGUGGCAAUGAUUCGGUAGUAUGUUCACUUUAUUGUCGGGGGGACUCUUGUGCAACUAGGCAUGGCCGUGAAGCUCUGCAGAUCCUUGCUUAAAAGGCCCAAGUGAGUUCAUGAAGGCGGUUAUGCAGCUCUGGUUGCCAUCUUGCAUUGCAGCAUCAAUAGUUUGGUUCUCCUGAUCUCCUCCAUGAAAUUCAUUCAUGUCAUUUGAAUCUAUGAAAAAUGAUUAAGCAAUUUGUGUUUUCCCAUUUACUUGUUCAGCUGUACAGUCAUACAUUCAUGCUUAUUAGGUACUGCUAUACGUCCAUUUCCCUUUCAAUCCUAUGAUGCAAAUGCAUAGUCGAUCUGGCAUCCUGAAUCUUACAAACUAGGAGUGUUUAUUAAUUCUAAAAGGAUCUGGCCACUCUGAAUUCAGUACAGGAAUAUUGGCUCCUAGAUUUACUUCCGGGAAGAAAAUUUAGAGAGAUAUGGAAGGCUUUCCCAUUCACAAAUUUAUGAGAGAAAAUUUUGAAGUGACCCCUACGAGGAGUGGCUUGUCAUUUGUUAUCUAGUGUGGAACUUGCAAUCCCAAUCAUUCUUUGAUUAAUCAAUAGUUUGAAAUAAAGGGGAUCAAUAACAAAUAAAAUAAUGCCCGCAUGGUUAGCGUUUCCAGAAAAAACACUAUCGUUUGGUAUGGCUGCUAAUUUUGGAAGAACUCAACCACUCUUUUGCUUCUUAGAGUCCAACUGUACAGACAACCUUGCCCUCUGUUUGCUUUUAUAUCCUCACCUCCAUGAUCCCCUAAUCAUUUUCCAUGGCAAGUAUGAGGUCGAGGGUGCCAAUGCAUUCCAUUUCCCCCAUCUGUGCCACCCUUUUGUUUCUUUCUUGUUCAUUCAGCUCAAUGCAUCUGUGUGCAUCCAGUGAUGACCACCUUGUCCCUGGCAAACCGCUCACACCAGGCAACACUCUUGUGUCUGACGAUGGCACCUUCACCCUGGGCUUCUUCUCCCCGUCCAAUUCCACAAAAAAACAUUAUUAUGUUGGCAUAUGGUACAGCAACAUCCCGCAGCGUACUGUCGUCUGGGUUGCCAACCGUGUUGUGCCGAUUACUAAUCUUUCCUCCGCAAUGCUCGCCUUGACCAGUAGCUCAAACAUUGUCAUGUCUGAGGGCAAUGGCCGCAUCCUUUGGAGGUCAAACAACAACAUCAUCAUCAGGUCUCCACCUGCCACAACCAUCUCUGCAAAAGCCACACUAGAAAACACUGGAAACUUCAUUCUCCGGUCUAUGGGCAACAAUACCAUCCUAUGGCAGAGCUUCGACCACCCGGCUGAUACCCUCCUUCCUGGUAUGAACCUCAGGAUCAGCCACAAGGUGCAUCAGGUACAACACCUUAUUUCCUGGAAAGGCCCACAGGAUCCAUCCCCUGGACCCUUCUCCUAUGGCGCAGAUCCCAAUAGCUUCCUGCAGCGCUUCAUCUGGAACAGCACAAGGCCACACCAUCGAAGCCCAGUGUGGACUAGCUACUUCCUUCUUGGGAGCUACAUGGAGAACCUCCAUCCUACAAUUUACAUGGCAGUACAUCGCAGAGAUGAUGACGAGGUGUACAUGUCCUUUGGUACCCCGAUCGACUCUGUGUCUUUGUUGAUUAGGAUGGUGAUAAGCUACACAGGCAAGGCAAAUAUACUAAGCUGGCACAGCAACAUGUCGGCAUGGACAACCCUGUACACACAGCCUGCACAUGAGUGCAAUUUAUAUGCAUACUGUGGUCCAUACGGCUACUGUGACAACAGUGAAACUACCCCGACAUGCAAGUGUCUUGAUGGUUUCGAGCCGAAUGAUGAAGAAGCCUGGAUCAAUGGCAGAUUUUUGGAGGGAUGUCACUGGAAGAAGGCACUAAGGUGUAGCGGUGGAGAUGAUUUCUUGACCUUGCCAGGCAUGAAGGUCCCUGACCAUUUCCUCUUUAUCGGAAACAAAAGUUUUGAUGAAUGCACAGAGGAAUGCCAUAGCAACUGCUCCUGCGUGGCAUAUGCUUAUGCCAACAUGAGCACCAAGGCAAUUGAUGGGGAUGACACGAGGUGCCUGAUAUGGACUGGGAUUUUGAUUGAUAUGGAGAAGUGCAGCGAAGGAGGGGAGAACCUAUAUAUUCGGACCAAAAAGAUAAGCGGUACCAUGCUAACAACCAACAUCCUUGAAAUUGUACUGCCAGUUCUGGCAGCUUUGCUGGCACUCAUUUGCAUAGUGGUCGUUUGGAUCUGCUGCUUUAGAGGAAAACAAGGCAGGAAUGAAAUCUGUACUAUGCUGAUGCUAGGAGACAGGGGGAGUACUCAUGAACUUGCUGAUAGAAAAAUAGAUUUGCCAUUGAUUAGCUUCAGGGAAGUUGCCACCGCAACACAGAAUUUUUCUGAUUCAGCCAUACUUGGAAGAGGAGGAUUUGGCACUGUUUACAAGGGAACAUUGGGAGAUAAGGACAUUGCAGUGAAAAGGCUCUGUAAAGGUUCUGGUCAAGGGGUAGUGGAGUUCAAAAAUGAAGCAGCUCUGAUUACCAAGUUGCAACACAGAAACUUAGUUAAACUUCUAGGGUGCUGCAAUGAUAAAGAUGAGAAACUACUGAUUUAUGAAUACCUUCCUAACAAUAGUUUGGAUGCCUUCCUUUUCAAUGCUGCAAGAAAAUCAUUGCUUGACUGGCCCACAAGAUUUGAGAUAAUCAAAGGCAUAGCUAGAGGCAUUCUAUAUCUUCACCAAGAUUCAAGUCUGACAAUAAUUCAUAGAGAUCUCAAGGCAGGCAAUGUAUUGUUGGAUGCUGAAAUGAGGCCCAAGAUAUCUGAUUUUGGUACAGCUAGGAUCUUUGGUAUCGACGAACAACAAUCAAACACCAAUAGAGUCGUGGGAACUUAUGGUUACAUGUCGCCUGAAUAUGCACUGGAAGGCACCAUUUCUCUCAAAUCCGAUGUCUACAGCUUCGGUGUGUUGCUAUUGGAGGUUGUGAGUGGCUUGAAGAUCAGUGCGGCUGGCCCAGUCACAGGUGCACCGAACCUUAUAGCUCAUGCAUGGGGCUUAUGGAAGGAUGGAAACUUGCGUGAUUUGGUGGACUCAUCCAUUGCUGAGAGCUGUUCACUAGAUGAAGUUCUACGAUGCAUCCACAUCGGUCUCCUGUUGGUGCAAGAUGACCCGAAUGCUCGUCCGCUUAUGCCAUGGGUGGUGUCAAGCUUGGAUAAUAAUGACAUUGAGCUCCCACAGCCUAGUGAGCCUCUCUGCAUUGCAAGGAGGAACUACAGAACUGGUGAAGCAGGAGAAAGUUAUGGAUCGAGCAGCUCAGCAAUGGAGACAUAGGCGUGGAUGUGAUCGGAGGAACUCUGCAUAUCUUGGUGCCACAUAUACGUUCAUAGUUUCUCUAUCUACUCAGCCUGUUUGUUCUGAUCUAUCCAUCCAAUAUAUUGUCAUUUCUGUUCUUCGCUGUACCGAACUACUACCAUCUAGGCAAAAACUCGCCAUCAGAUUGUAGUAUGGACUUGUUGAUUGUUCCAGUAAUGAAGCGGAAUUGUGAUCAUGGAACUGAAA